UAUCACACCCAAGCUUCAAAUUUGCCAGCAUUUUUCCCUUUCACUCUCUCAGAUCAUCACAAGUUAUCACACUUCUGGCAUGUCUUGGCUGAGUGUCAAGCUUCCCCCUGCUACAAAGAUAUGGAAAAGCUUCACCUCUAAACUCCAAAGCAAACUGCACAAGCUCCAGCGGUCAAAAGUCAUGAUCAAGAAACCCCAAAACAGGCUCAAGAAAACAACCGCCUUGCCCCGCUGUGGCGUCUGGCCUUCUCUGCUUUCUGAGAAACGCUUCGAACGUAAAAAACGGCUUGUCCAUGCACACCACGUUGAUCAUCUUCGCCACCAUCGACAAGUACGCGUCUUCGAGAAGAGAAGUACUGCACAGCUUGUAUAUGUCGAUAAACUCUUCAUAGAGCCCGGGGCUGAGCUGGUGCAAUAUGUCAAGCCACUGCAAACAAGUUGUCAGCCGAGCGCAAAGAACAUGAAGCACCUUGAUCAGCCAGCUGUAGUACUGCAGCAGCAGCAAGGUGGCAGAUUGACCGAGAAAGCUAUAUCGGGAGAUGAUAUGUGGGAGUCACUGGUGUUGGCCUCGCCUCUGCUGCGCGGCGUAGAUGAAAGAGCAGAGGAAUUCAUUGCAAGAUUCAGGGCUGAGAUGGAGGUUCAGGAGAUGUUCGCACGCGUUUCGUAGCGACUGCUUGCCUCCUACGUGUUAGAUAUAUUAGCUCCGAUAAAUCAGCAUCUGAUCAAGAUGAAUCUGUUACAGCUGUUACUUAGUUGUUGUUGUAGUUAUCUAGUGAAUCACUGCAGAUUUCUUUUGUAUUUUGUUAGUAUUCUGUUAGUAGAUGUUUAAAUAUUUGAAUACUUGUAUCUAUCUAGAUAAUGUAAUUUAAAUUACUCUGUACUCAUCUAUAUAUAUGAAUACACUCGUACAACUGGUAA